CAACUUGAUACUUGAUACUUGGCGGACCCACGGCACUAAUCCCUAAAGCCUCACCUUUUUCUACGAAGUAGAAGCACUUGAGAAGGCCCACGCGGGUGCUGAUCGAUCUGGUGGAUCUUGUUUAUUUUUGGUGACAGGUCCCGAUCUUCCGGUUUUUGGUUUCAGGACUCAGACGCACGGGCUUCCCGAGGGCUCCCCGAUGUUUUGCCGUGAGGAGUCCGGCACGCCGAUUCUCCCGUUUACAGCUGGAUAUGGAGCAAUUAAUUAUUUUAUUUUAUUCUUAACUGCUAGCUUUUUCGUCUGGUUCUUCUUUCUGCGAGCGAGCAUCUCGAACUGCGAUCUUUUUUAUUCUAUGCUAUGUCCGCUGGCGAUGCAGUCGCGAUUCAAGAAUCAUCUUCUCAAGAUGUCUCUUCCCAAUCCGACGAGAAGCCACCCAUAAUGAUAGAGAAAUCACAGGCACCAAGUACUUUGGAUUCACCCUCUAGCGAGCAAGACGGUGCCUCCAAUGGGACGGGAGUGACGACGUUGAAAACACCAAGUUUCAUGGACUCUCCUUCACCCACCUUUGGGUCGCAAUCGAGCUUUCUGGACACUACCUUUGUCCGUCAGAAGAACGGCUGGAUACCAAAGGAACAGUACAGGCUCAAGAAUAAUCUGCUUAUUGGCGUAGGACUGCUGGAGCUAGGCAACGCGGGGGAUUUCGCGGCCAAUGUUUGGAAUCAGAUUCCCAUUCCUCACUUUGCAAUGGCGUUGAUGGCACUUGGUGGCACCCUAGCCCUCACAAUAUCCAUCUUCGCAUUCCGCGAUGCCUUCCUGAGCCGAGAGAACAUUCGAAACCUCCGAAAAGAACGGCGAUUCUUGUGGGCACAAAAGGCAGAUCUGGGAGCAGAGAUCUCUCGAGAUUUGGACAGUCAGCUCAAUAUGAAUUUCCGGGAACUGGGCACAGAAUAUGUGGAACGUCUGGGAAUGGACAUUGCGAUGGGAUUCGGAGCCAUCAUGGUUGGCAUUGGUACCUUCCUCGCAAUUGGAGGCGCGAACCCGAGGAUCUUCAGCGCGAGUAAUCUGCUAUCUGGAUACAUUGGCAAUGCACCCGUUGCAAUUUUUGGUCUGUGCAACACUGGGUUCUCUGUCUAUGUUUGGAGGCGAGCUCAUCGACACGGCAGGGCAGCGACCAAAGAAGUGAGGUCUGUGGUGUUUCUCCGUCGGAUUCGCAGAGUCAAGACACAUGCUGCUAUAUAUGCCAUCACGGGAGUCACAGCUGGUGCGGCUUCACUGGUUACUGCUACACAUUGGGAAGGCUAUCCCGUUCUCAUUCCCUGCAUUAUCUCAUCUAUAGUUUGCAAUUACCUGUGGCGGAAUAGAAUCGGCUACGAACGCCCCUUGAUUCAACAAAGGCUUGAUAUGGACGAGGCGUCUCUCAUCAGAGAACUGGAACACACAACUUUGACCCGGGAAAUUUUCAGGACAAGAGAUCCAUCGGAAUGGUUGUUGAAGCUCAUCCCUGAUCCCGACUCUCUCCCCUCGAUCUUAGAGUUCCUCAGCGCCAACGAUCUAUUCGACGAUUUCUGUCUGCGCCUUUUGAAAGAUAACGCCUUGGCUAGAUCGAUUUUCGGUCCGCUAGGACGAGAAGUUACGAUUGAUGAGCAGAUGAGUUUGACAGCUGAUAAAGAGCUGCAUGCGAAGAUGGUGAAGGCUGCAGAAGAGACAAUGAAGGAAAUGGGGCCGUUGCGGUUCAAGUAUCGGGAGCGGUAUUGUCUGGAAGCUUUAGGGUGUUAUUUAUGCUCUAAAGGGGUUGUGAUAGCGAAAGCAAAGUGUUGAGGUGACUUUCGCAUUUGAAUUUCAAUUUCAAAACAGAGAAGAGAGGAAUGUUAGAGUUAUUCCAACCUGGAACCAGCUAAAUUAUGUGCUCUGUUUCUGGGCUGCUUCUCGAGGUCAUAUUUUCCCCGAAAAGGCCCACAAUGAGAAUGAUAUCGUGCUUCCUUUAGUCCCAAAUUCGUUCAAACUCAAUGAAAUUUACUGCCGAGUCGGCAGAUACAGC